AUGUGAAGGCCUGGUCACAUGAUAGGCACCGGGUGGUGUCCAGGGCGGUGUGGCUGCAGCGAUGGGGCUCCCUGCGGUUUGGGGUCUCCUGUUCGGAGCAGCGUUGCUGUGUGGGGGUGAGGCCGCGUGCGGUUAUCAGUCCUGCCCUGUGACAAAACCCAACAUGCUCAAUGUUCAUCUUAUCCCGCACACACAUGAUGAUGUGGGCUGGCUGAAGACAGUGGACCAGUAUUACUUUGGAGUCCGCAAUGACAUCCAGCAUGCUGGGGUGCAGUACAUCCUCGACUCAGUCAUUUCAGAGCUGUUGGCUGACCCCAGCAAACGUUUCAUCUACGUUGAAGUGGUCUUCUUUGCUCGCUGGUGGGGGCUGCAGACUGAAGCCAUGCGCCAGGCUGUGCAGCAGCUAGUUGCUGAAGGGCGUUUGGAGUUUGUGAAUGGUGGUUGGUGCAUGAAUGACGAGGCAGCUGUACACUACUCAUCUGUCAUUGAUCAGAUGAGCCUUGGGCUCCAAUUCUUGAAAGAGACGUUCGGCGAAUGUGGCCGGCCCCGGGCAGCCUGGCACAUUGACCCUUUUGGGCACAGUCGGGAGCAAGCAUCGCUGUUUGCACAGAUGGGCUAUGAUGGUUUCUUUCUGGGCCGCAUCGACUACCAGGACAAGGCCCAGCGCGAAGCCGUGCGUGAGAUGGAGCAGCUGUGGCGUGCAAGUGGAAGUCUAGAACCCCCAGUGGCUGAUCUCUUCACUGGUGUUCUACCAAAUGGCUACAACCCACCAAUGUCUCUCUGCUGGGAUCAGUCCUGCUCUGAUGACCCCAUUGUGGAUGACGAAAGUGAUGAAAACAAUGUUCGGAGUCUAGUGACCUAUUUUCUAGGAGCUGCAGCUGCACAGGCCAAACACUAUCGCACCAAUCACAUUGUCAUGACGAUGGGCUCUGAUUUCCAGUAUGAGAACGCCAACCUCUGGUACAAGAACAUGGACAAGCUGAUUAAGCACGUCAAUGCACAGCAACAACAAGGGAGCCACAUCCACGUUUUCUACUCUACUCCAAGCUGCUACUUGUGGGAACUGAAUCAGGCCAACCUGUCCUGGUCUGUGAAAUAUGAUGACUUCUUUCCAUAUGCUGAUGGACCCCACCAGUUCUGGACAGGAUACUUCACCAGCCGGCCAGCUUUCAAACGCUACGAGCGACUCAGCAACAACUUCCUACAGGUCUGCAACCAGCUGGAGGUUUUGGCUGGCACCCAAGCUACCAUAGGACCUUAUGGCAAUUCCAGCAGUUUUGAGCUUCGCAAAGCCAUGGGAGUUGCUCAACAUCAUGAUGCAGUGAGUGGCACGGCAAAGCAGCAUGUGACGAAUGAUUAUGCCAAACAACUAUCGAGUGGUUGGGACGCCUGCCAGGUUGUGGUCAGCAAUGCCCUGGCCAGUAUUGGCGGAAGCAAGGAGAACUUCAUAUUUUGCACAUACCUCAACAUCAGCGUCUGCCCACUGACUGAAGCUGCCCAUGCUUUUGCAGCAAUUGUCUACAACCCGCUCCCACGCCACGUGAAGCAAAUUAUCCGACUGCCGGUGAAUGGAAGCCAUUAUUCAGUGACAGCUCCUGAUGGUCAGGCAGUUCUGAAUGAGGUCAUCCCUGUCUCGAGCUUCACCCGUGAUGUGCGGCGUAAUCGAGGUGAUGCCAUGUAUGAGCUGGUAUUCCAGGCAUCUGCUCCACCUCUGGGUUAUAGUUCUUACACCAUUUCUAAAGUGCCUACCGGGAAUCCAACUCACUCCAAACUGCUGAAGAGACUGCAUAAUCAAGCCCUUCCUGGAAAACAGGGUCUCUCUUGGGAAAUCCAGAAUGAGCAUCUGCGAGUCCUGUUUGAUUCCAAAACCGGCCUUCUGAAGGAGAUUCAGAACCUAGACAAGAGUAUAUCACUGCCAGUUUCUCAAACUUUCUUUUGGUACAAUGCCAGUGCUGGAAAUGUUGACAGUGAGCAGGCGUCUGGGGCAUACAUCUUCCGUCCCAACAGUUCUGAAUCCUUUCCCAUUAGCAAGGGAGUCCACUUGUACCAGGUGAAGAACAAAGUAGUACAGGAGGUGUACCAGAACUUCUCCAGCUGGUGCUCCCAAGUGGUGCGGCUCUAUGCUGGGCAACCAUAUAUUGAGCUCGAGUGGACAGUAGGACCCAUCCCAAUCAGAGAUGGCCUUGGCAAGGAGAUAAUCAGCCGCUUUGAUACCAACCUGCAGACAGACGGGCGUUUCUACACAGACUCCUAUGGGCGUGAGAUUCUGGAGAGAAGGAGGGAUUACAGGGCCACAUGGAACCUGAGCCAGACUGAGCCUGUGGCUGGCAACUACUACCCUGUGAACAGCCGCAUCUAUAUCAAGGACCAGAAAGUCCAGCUAACAGUACUGACAGACCGUUCACAGGGAGGUAGCAGCACAGCUGAUGGCUCUUUUGAACUCAUGGUACAUCGACGGCUACUAUAUGAUGACAACCGGGGAGUAGCAGAGCCACUGCUGGAACCUGGUGUUUACCAUGAUGGGCUUGUGGUCCGGGGCCGCCACCUUAUCCUUCUAGACACAGCAGAGUCCUCUGCUGAGAAACACCGGUUGCUGGCCCAGCAGGAAUUCAUGGCACCUCAGCUAGUGCUGGCACCUGGUGGAGGACCUUCAUACCAGCCUGGCCAGCGCAGGCUCAAGCAGUUCUCUGCUCUAAACCAGGCCCUCCCUGCAAAUAUCCAUUUGCUCACGUUGGCUCAGUGGGAGCCGGACUCCAUCCUGAUCCGCCUGGAGCACCAAUUUGAGCAAGGGGAGAGCGUCAAUGGCUCCCUUCCUGUCACCAUUAACUUGAUGAACUUGUUCUCUUCCUUCAACAUCAUCACCAUACAGGAGAUGAAUUUGGCUGCUAACCAGAAACGAGAGGACAUGAAAAGGUUAAUCUGGCAGUCAGACGCAGGCACAGCAAGUCACCGGUCAGGUCCUAAGUUGGAUCCAACACAGGUCACGCUAAAGCCCAUGGAGAUUCGAACCUUCCUGGCUCAAAUACAGCAAAAGUUCUAUGUACAAAAUUAAUACCAACUGAUUCCGUCCAGUUGGGUCAGCCAUUACCUCAAGUGAUUGGAAGGACGUUAGAAGUGUCCUGGGGGACUCUGCCUUCUGGAGCAAAUGUCUCCAGUUCUCUAGGCCAAAUAUUCUCAUCUCUUGUAGAGAGAGGAUUCUUUGGGGCUGCUUAAAGCCCUUCUUGAAGCUUGUUUCCUGAUAUUUCCCUCUGUUGGUGAAUGGGAAAAGGAUCACAGCAAAAAUGUUCAGUUUCACCUGUUCCCUAAAAGGCUGCAAUGUGAAUGUAUUCAUGGGGUACUGUAAGUGCAAUCAUUACCUUUCCAGUAAACCACUUCAUACAAGCCAUUUAGAACCUGACUGGUAAAGAGGAAAGGCCAGUACUAGACUGCAAAACAGCCAUUGCUGUCAGUCUACCACUUGUUCCCUUUUCUGUGAUUUUCAUCCUUUUGGGGUGGGCAGGGGGGAUGACCAACCUUUCAAGAGUCAGGCACACUCUGCAGCAUCUGGACUUUAAGGGUCCCAAGCAACUGAACUGUAGACUUUGACAAGGAAGAGGCACAGUUCCAAUCAUGAAUAAUUGGCAACCUCCCCCUCCAAACGUAAUCUAGUUCAGCUACAUUAUUUAUUUAUUUAUUUAUUUAUAUUUUAGAUUUAUAGGCCGCCUCUUCCCCGAAGGGCUCGAUAUCUCUCAUAAUUAUGGGAAUAUUAUUUACACAAAUCAAAUAGGGACUUGUGCUUUUGGCUAGCAAGUAGGCACAGCAAGUCGGACAGCUAGCAAGUAGGCACAGUCAGUCACUCUUCUGACUGCAAUAGAAGUUCACCUGAGGAAUGAUGGUGAGUUUGGAAAGCAAACACCAUCCUCAUGCUGUAUUUAUGUAUAUAGAACUCUGGGGUCCUGAAGAAAUCUAUCUCACACACCAAGGACAGGGAACUAAGGGAGUCCUAAGCCAAUUACCAUACAGUUCGUGAAGUCACACUGAAACAAGCAUCAGGUAGGAGCUGAUAUUGUCAGAAAAAGAAAAUGAGGGCUAAAGGAUAGACUCCUGGGAUACUGUUCAAUAAUCUCAUUGAACUGAGUAAGAUUGUGUGGGAAUACUGGCAGUGUACCUUUAUCAGAUUGGCAAACCUGACUUUCUGCUCCUUGGUAGAGAAAGACAAGGCCAGUAGUUUACUGAUAGAUACAUUAGGAUAACUUUAAAAUAUUCACUGUAGGGAAGCUGAGAGUCAUCAUAGGGAGGGGUUUUUCUCUGUCCCCCGCAGCAUUUCAAAAUCAUAGCUGUCAAUCAGUCACCUCGGCUGGAUGGUUAAACCCAAUGGAACAACGUGUAGGUCUGAGCUUUUGCAUAACAAACCACAAAUCAAGCACCAAAGAGAAACACCACCAUUCAUUUAAUGGCAGACAGAUCAUACUUGAUGGGCAGGCAUUUUGAAAUAAAAAAUAUCAGUUAAUGCAA